AUGGCGGAAAGUGAAGCGGAAGUAUUGAAGGAGAAAGCAAAAGAGGCGAUAGACACGUAUUCUUCAGAGUUGUUUGAUCUUAACCGAUGUAUAUGGCAAAAUCCAGAGCUUGGCUUUAAUGAGAUAUACGCUCACGAUCAGUUAACAGAGUAUUUAGCAGCACGAGGUUUUGAUGUGACACCUCAUUACACUUUGGACACCGCUUUUCGUGCUGAAACCGGUGAAGAUGGAGGCCUUACAGUUGGUUUGAUUUGUGAAUAUGACGCUUUACCAGAAGUAGUUCACGCGUGUGGACACAAUCUGAUUGCUGAAUCUGGCGUAGCUGCUGCUUUAGGUAGAUAUUAUAGACUCUGUAUUGUCAGUUUACACCAUAGGUAGCCCAAGCCCAAUUAAGCAGACAAUGGGCGACUUCAUGUAUUCGGUUAACAUAACAACUCAAAAGGUCUAACAACGGAUCGCAAGCAUACGAAAGGCGCAGCACAAGUUUAUGUUUGCCAGACGGUAACUAAUCGAUGACAUUAAUGACAUCAAUGAAAUCAAUAAGUAAUCAAUCGGUAAUCAGUUGAUUACUCAUUAGUCAUUGAUUAUAUCCGAUAUUCAAUGAGUAAUCAAUGAAUAAUUGAUAGGCCACAAAAUUUUCAGUUAUUGAUUAGUCAUUGAUUAAUUAUUGAUAUAAUCUCAGGGUACGCAAACCAAACCAAAUCGAAAAUAAAGAAAUGAAGACUUCUUUGACAUAAAUGUCACUGUACAAGCUUUUUUUGUUCAUGAUCUUUUAUUCGGUAAGCAUUCUGUGGUGGCUGCCUUUCUCACCAAAGACACAGACUCUAAUAGCCAAGAGAGUAAGACAUAACUCGACCUUCUGAACCUUUCGUUUUUGAUAUUUUAGUUACUGUCCAAUAAAUAAAUUUCAUUUGCCAUUCUCUUUCUCUUUUUGUCAUGGCGUAUAUACAUUGGUUUUCUACAUGCAUGUUCAAUUCCUAUUUGGCUAUAAGUUAGGAAAAAAAAUUGCUACAAAUUGUAUGAGGUGAGUAAAUCAAUGACUAAUCGAUGAGUAAUCAAUAGGCCACAAAAUUUUUGGCCAUUGAUCAGUCAUCGAUUACCCAUUGAUUGUAGCAAAUAAUAAUUGAAUAAUCAGUUGAUUACCCAAUGAUCGUUAUCGAUUACUCAUUGAUGUCAUUCAUCAUUGAUUAGUUACGUCUGGUAUUUGCUACCCCCAUUCUAUGGUGUAAGUUUGCUACCUAAUGACAAAGUCAAAAACUUUCACCCAAGAAAGCUUAAAGGAUGAGAAAAUAUACAACAUUAAAAUUCAAUGUUUUCCAGAUUCAUAAAGUCAUAUGUGGCAAAUAUGUGGUUUGGUCGUUUGACAUAUUUGAUAAGUAGCAAAAUUAAUUUCAAGCUUAAGACCCAAUUAAUGCAGAAAUGGUCACAGCAGUUUCAUUUUCUUUUGUUCAUAUUCAAAUCAGCCCUACUAGCCUGGUUCUUAGGUACAAAAUUCAAAAGAAAUAGAGGAUAUUACAUGGCCGUGUGGAGAUACGAAAUUUCUCUUCGAGUGUUGAAAAAUAUUUCACGAGUGAGCGCAGUGAACGAGUGAAAUAUUUUUUCAACACUCGAAGAGAAAUUUCGUAUCUCCAAGCGGCCACGUAAUGUUCUAUAAUAUUUAUUAUAUAAACACCAAUGAACUACCAAACCAUUUCACUUUAAUAGUUUUUUGGUGUGAAAGGUGUGAUUUAUUAUGAAGCCAUAGCAACGGUGAUAUUUUCACAUGUGAAGAUAACAUGUUAUUUUCACAUGUGAAGAUAUCAAGUUUUCAUGCAAAAGCUCACCUGGUAUUUCAUUGGUGUUUAUAUAAUAAUACCUUAUCUCAAGCAAAGCUAGUCAGGCUUUAUUUUGAUUUAAACAAAAGAAUAUUAAUUCAGCAGCCAUUUUUGCAUAUUGGGUCCAUUCAACUUUAGAAAGGAAGGCCUUGAAACUGUAGUCCUUUCUAAAUCAGAGAAAUAGCCAAUGAUGGGGCAACAUGUACAUUGCACUUUGCAAGAGAAAGAAAAAUGAAUAGGGAUAAUUUGGAUAAAACAACUAAGGAACAAAAACAACAUGGAAAAUUUGUAUGUUAUAAAAAAGGAAGAUGACAGUACUUUAGAAAAUUUAACAAAAUUUAACUGCGAAUUGCUUUGAAAGGCAGUACAUGUACAUGUAUAUGCUGUCUGUGUUUUUCUGUGAAGGUCUCAAGAUUGCUUUGGAGGCUGUCAACCAGAAGCCUAAGUUGAAAAUAGUAGUUUUUGGAACUCCAGCUGAAGAAGGUGGAGGAGGCAAGAUUUUGAUGAUUAAUAAUGGCUGCUUUAAAGGUGUUGACUUUUGUAUGAUGGUCCAUCCUAGCCCAGUGGAUAUGCUGAAACCAACCAUCUUAGCUCGAGAUAAAGUCACAGUCACCUACAAAGGUCAUGCCUCUCAUGCUGCAGCAUUCCCGUGGGAAGGAGUCAAUGCACUGGAUGCAGCAGUCAUGGCUUAUAACAGUAUAAGCGUGUUACGACAACAAAUAAAGCCCACAUGGCGAGUUCAUGGUAUCAUCACUGAGGGAGGUGUGAAGCCUAACAUCAUUCCUGACCACACCCAGCUAAAGUAUUACCUUAGAGCUCCAACUGUCGAGGAGCUUGACUUGUUACGGCAAAAGGUGACAAGUUGUUUUGAAGCUGCAGCAACAGCUACUGGUAAGCACUGUGCACUGUUCUUCACUUGUUGAACACAAAGUAAUUAUUAUUUUUUAAACAAAACCAAUAAAGAGCUGUAGGGCCAAUUCAAACUUUGAACUUCGCAAAUAUGUCUAUGAACAAAAUUUGUUGUUCUCACUCAUUUGCUAAUUGAUUUGGCACAUUUUGGGGAGGAAGGGUGGUGCAGUGGUGAAAGCACUUGCCUCCCACCAAUGUGGCCUGGGAUUGAAUCCUGGCAUCAACGCCAUGUGGGUUGAAUUUGUUGUAAUUGGUUGACUACCUUCCUCUGACAAAUUAUUUUCUCUGGGUACUCCAGUUUUCCCCGCUCCUCAAAAACCAACACUUCCAAAUUUCAAUUCGAUCUGGAAUGCGCGGACACUUUUCAACUAGUUCUUAAGAAUUCCUGCUCUGUGGGUAAACAAAUUAUGAUUACAAUUACAUUUUGAAGUUCAUUGUUUGAAAUGGACCUUACUUACAUGUACCAGUACAUUGUGUAUGUUACCUGACAGUAACCAAUUUUCUGAGGGAGUUGCCUUGCAUUUGCGAAAACUGUUUUUUUUUUUUUAUCUCAAGAGUACAAUGCAUAAACAAUAAAUUGGCAACGUGCUGUCAUUAAGAUGGAAUCUAUCAGGAAAUUGAGUAAUUUCAAUUUUCAGGGGACAGAAAGCUUUUACUAGAAAAAUUUUAACAAUAUCACAAUUUUUGUGCAAUUUCAAUUUUGGGGUAUUUUGCUAAUGUGCUCUUCAAUUAGUUAUCUCUCAUGGGAGCCUGAGAAAUUAAAUGUCAAAUUUCACAUGAAUUGUGAAAGCACAGGUAAAAUUCUGAAGAUUUCAUGUGUAUAAGAUGUCAUUUUGGUGAAACUUGACAUUAAUUUUUCUUUUCUCCGGCUCUUGUGAGAAAUUUUGUUUGGUGUUAUUACAGAUAACUAAUUACAUCUAUAGCCGUUGAAAAAUUUAAAAAAAUGCGAUAUUGUUUAAAUUAAUAUUACUCAAUUUCCUGAUGGAUUCUGUCUUAAUCUUACUUUAAAUGGAAAACACAUGGAGGAUGGAUUAAUAUGGAUUGAUAAAAUUUUGAAAUUGAAAGUGGCACAGUAAUUUGAAAAUACAAAACUUCUUUAAAGUUUUUUUUUGAAAAGUUGCUUUUUUAAAGCUACACUGUCAGUACAUAAAAAAUAAUGAAAGCUACAAUGCACUCAAACAAUGAAGAUGUUGCCAUUUUCCCUUGUCUUUUAGGCUGCAAGGUUUUUGCAGAAUGGGGAGCAAUGCGUUAUGAAGACUUGGUCAGCAAUGACACCCUUGCUGAACUCUACAAGGCAAAUGCAGAGAGUUUAGGAGUAACCUUUAUUUGUGCAGAUUUUUCAGCGUCAACUGACAUGGGCAAUGUUUCUCAUGAAGUUCCCUCGAUUCAUCCAGUGUAUGCUAUUGACACUACAGCCCCUAAUCAUUCCCAUGCAUUUACCACAGCAGCAAUCACAGAGAAAGCUAACGAGAGGACCUUGAUUGCAAGCAAAGCAAUGGCUAUGACAGCUAUUGAUGUGUUGUGCAACUCUGAUUUGAUUGAAAAAGUCAGACAGGACUUCAAAAAUUGACUCUUUAUUGGGCGAUGACUGAUCGAUUAGCUUGUUCUAAGUGUUCAACCAGUGUGGAUGUCAUGAAAAAGAGAACAUAGAAGAAAGAAAGAAAAGAAGAAACACUUUGCUAUCCUUUUUGUGCUUUUCCCCACUAUCUAACGCCCGGAACAAACUGGUGAUGGUUGCACUAUUCAACAAAGACCGUUGUGAACACAGAACCUUUCAGAAGUGGUCGUAGAUUUUUGACUGGACUAAGCAUUAGCACUUAGCAUUUGUUUUUAGAAACACUUAAACUUGAAAGGACCCCUUUGCCCUCUCCCCCUCCCUUUCACGCCUAUGAUAAUGGAUUUGAAAGGUAGUUGGUUUAGAUAUCCAACCAUGCUUGCACUCUAUUUUGUUUCUUUCCAACUGGAAUGGCAAAUUUAACGUGCUAUAAAUCCUCUAUUAAGCCCCCCCUCUC